CUAAACAUAGCCCAUUGUGUGGGCGAGAAUAAAAACAACGACUGCGGAGGGGGGCAAAGGCAACUCUCGCUCUGCUCUGCUCGACAACGACGACGACGACGACCACGACGGCCACGACGGCGCGACGGCUCCACUCGACAUUGUACACUUCAUCAUCGCACCACCAACAACAACACCAUGCCUCGCUGUUGUCGUCGUUGAAAAUACUCACCACUCUAGACGCACGCGAUGGUAGCCUUCGCACUGCACGAAACACCGCCAGAGACGCCGUCGGCCCCAACCUCCCCCACGACGCCGACGUCGUCCUCGCCGCCGUUCCUCGCUGCUCCCACCGCCCCCGGCGCGGCGAGCGCGCCCUCCCGCCCGACCAGCAUAACCCCAACCACAGCCUCCUCCUCAACACCACCCCCGCCCCUCCCCGUCCCGCCAAUAGAGCCAUCAUCGCGGCGGCACGCUGCACCGCGGCAUGACGACCACCACCACAGCGCGCCAAGCCACCUGCCGUACCUUCUCGGGCACUCACGCGCACCGAGUCACUCGGCCCCGUCGACUUCCCACUCCGGCUCGUCGAGCGGUGCAGGCGGCCCCAAACGCUCAAUGUGGUCGCGCUUCGUCUCGCGCCUCAACCGCGCAGCGGACGAGGGCUCGAUCGCACAGCUCGUCCAGCUAGGCUACGGGCGGCACGAGGCCGCGCGCGCCCUGUCGGACGCGGCAGGCGACCCGCGCCGCGCGCGCGACCUGCUCGCGCACGAGCGCCACCGGCUCGUGCUGGCCCACCACGAGCGCGAUGCCCGCAGAGUGUACCCCGAGUGCUCGCUGUGCCGGGACGACGACCGCCGCCGGCGCAGCGCCGAGCGCGCGGCGCGGGCCAGUGCCGACGCCGACGUGUCGUAGCGGCUCGCGGGGCGCGUGGGGCUUGCGUCGUCGUCGGCCGUCGUGGUGGCGACCACACCGACGCCAAAGACGAGAACGCCGACGCCAAAGCCUGCCCGCCCCGCUGCACUCCAUGAGGCAUGACGCCGUGUCUAGCGGCGCCACCGCAGCUAUCACAUUAUCGCGGCUCUCUACCCCUCUACGCCCGCUGCCCGACGUCACCGGCUGCGCUUUCGCGCGCUCGCUCGCUCGCACGACCUGCAUUCCGCACCUGUUUGGGCGGAUGCCCACCACCCACCCCCUCAAGCCCAGGUACUGGCCCUUGAACGAGCGAGCGGGCAAAGCGACGCAGCCGACUCGACACCCAUUGGCGGAUGAGAAAACUGCCACUAUUAAUAGACCCCGCGUGGCGCGGCGCACGCAUCACACUACAGUUACACUAUUUGGGCAUUUCUGUUGUAUUCAUUUCAUCAUGCA